GCAAACAAGCGGAUCAGCUGACCCCGUAGGACUGCGGUGUCAUUCCGGCUAUAAGCGCGCGACCUCUGGCAUUAAGCUUCGCUCUCGCUGGGCCGCCGUGACCAUGAAGACCCCUGGCAUCUUGCUGCUCGCCAUCGGCCUCUUGGCCGCGUCCACCUCCGCGGUUAUCAGAAUCCCUCUGCACAAGUUUACAUCCAUCCGCCGGACCAUGACGGAGGUGGCCGGCUCUGUGGAAAACCUGAUCCUUAAGGGUCCCAUAACCAAGUACUCCGCGCAGCAGCCACCUUCUGAGAUGAAGGGGCCAGUGCCAGAGAUACUAAAAAACUACCUGGAUGCCCAGUACUACGGUGAGAUCGGCAUCGGGACCCCCCCACAGUGCUUCACAGUCGUCUUUGAUACCGGCUCCUCUAACCUGUGGGUCCCCUCGAUUCACUGCAAGCUGCUGAACGUAGCGUGCUGGUUUCACCACAAGUACAACAGCGACAAGUCCAGCACCUACGUGGAAAACGGCACAGCCUUCGACAUCCACUACGGCUCAGGCAGCCUCUCCGGGUACCUGAGCCAGGACACUGUGUCGGUACCAUGUACGGCCAAGCAAUCAGUCAAGGUAGAGAAACAGACCUUUGGAGAAGCCACCAAGGAACCCGGAAUCACAUUCAUCGCAGCCAAAUUUGAUGGCAUCUUGGGCAUGGCCUACCCUCGUAUCUCUGUCAACAAUGUCCUUCCAGUCUUUGACAACCUGAUGAAUCAGAAGCUGGUGGACAAGAACAUCUUCUCCUUCUACCUGAACAGGGACCCCACGGGGCAACUCGGAGGAGAGCUGAUGCUUGGCGGCAUUGACUCCAAGUUCUACACGGGGGAGAUGAACUACCUGAACGUCACCCGCAUGGCCUACUGGCAGGUGCACAUGGACCAGUUGGAGGUGGGCAGCGGCCUGACCCUGUGCAAGGGAGGCUGUGAGGCUAUUGUGGACACAGGGACAUCUCUUAUGGUGGGGCCUGUGGACGAGGUGAAGGAGCUACAGAAGGCGAUUGGAGCAGUGCCUCUCAUCCAGGGCGAGUAUAUGGUCCCUUGUGAGAAGGUGCCCAGUCUGCCUACUAUCAACCUGAUACUAGGAGGCAAAAAAUAUGAACUAACCCCAGAGAAGUAUAUUCUCAAGGUGUCUCAAGGCGAAAAGACGAUAUGCCUGAGUGGCUUCAUGGGCAUGAACAUACCCCCUCCUGCCGGGCCACUCUGGAUCCUGGGCGACGUCUUCAUUGGCUCCUACUACACUGUGUUUGACAGAGAGAACAAUAGAGUUGGCUUUGCCAGAGCUGCCACACUCUAACUUGCUCCUUGCCCGUCAUCGGGGAAAUGGGUCAGAGUCCAGUAGGAAGCCAGCCAGCCCCGUCCUUCUACCUGCCCCACUCGCCUAGCAUUGCUGGGCCCUUCAGAGGCCUGGCUUGUGCUGGUCCAGCUGCUCUGUUCUGUGGUUCCUGUCCCUGGGUUCAGAUUGCUGCCCUCUGCCCGUCUGAAGGAGGCCAAGGCUCACCCAGUACACAAGGCUGCUUUGAAAGGCCCCUACUGGUUUGGUAGCUGCCGAGACUGCUUGUCUUGUCCUGCUGCCCUUGGCUGUUUGGGCAACACUCCAAAACAGGCAUAUUGCUCUUGGGAUCCCGCCCGGAAACCUGCCCUGACCCAUGCCCCUCACCCAGCCUGGGGAUGGUAUCAAGCUCCAUUGCCUCACUGUCUCUGACCUGGCCUGGGAGAGGCCUGAAGACUGGCAGGAGGGAGCAAGAGGACAGAAGCCAAACUGAACCUGGGGGAGGUUAAUCUGGGGACUGACUCUGCCUACCUAGGGAGCCAUGCCUCAGCCUGGGGCAGAGGUAGGAUGGCUGACUGUUUUGGGCUGGCCUCUGCUACCCUCAUCCUCCUGGGUGAGGUGGCUGGGAGCCAAAGUUGGUAUACAAAUACAGUUGUUUUGGGCCUCUU